UCACGGAAAAGCAGCGAUUUUGAACAGUUCCCGUCGGUCGCAGGGACGUGAACGGAGACAAUUUACAUUGGCAGUGGAAACUCGCUGGAAUGAAUUCAAUAUAGGAUCUUUAUCUAUCACUUUUUCUUUAUUUACGAUGAUAAAACGGACGUGGAAUCUCCUCUGUUUCGGUGGCCUCCUGUUUCUUAUUUACUACAUAUGUAUAUCUUCUACAGUGAUGUUAGGAGGCGGGAGCGACAGAGUCCUUCGUCAGUCCCAGCCGUCUGACGAGAGAAUCGUUCGACUCGAUUGCUCAGGCGUGACGGGCGAUAAGGCCGAUUCUUGCGACGAAGAUGGACAGCAGGAUCGCGACUCGGGACUCGCUCCUGGGGAUCCUGGAAUCACCCCGGAGAAUCCUCUCUUCGUCCUCAUCCUGAGUUCGCUCCCUCGAAGCGGUUCGACCAUGCUGUCCGAAGCCCUCUCGAGCCUUCCCGGUUCGGUGUUGUUCUUCGAGCCUCUUUGGAUCCAGGAGAAGACGAGCUGCAUUCAUGACGAGGAUUGCGUCGCCGACUUUUUGAUGGAUGCUUUCAGAUGCACGUACGGAGAAUCGUUCGAGGCGUGGUUACGAAGCAAGCACCUGUUCUUCAACUUCUUUCAUCCUGACGUUCGGAAAUGUGUUCGCAAAGGCAAAGGAAAGAACAAAGAAUGUUUCUCUCAAAUCGACGUUCGCGCUCUGUGCCGAGGCGCGCCCGUGAGGCUCACGAAGGUCAUCCGCUCGAAGCUCGUGUUCCUCGAGAAGUACGUGAGAGACGCAGACAACUUCAAGGUCAUCUACUUAACCCGAGAUCCGAGAGGAUCCCUCAACUCGAUCGCCAAGUUCAAGACGUGGAACCAAGACCCUCACGAGCGGUGCGAGGGCCUGGAGGAUGACCUCGCUGCCUACGAGAUCUUCUCGGAGAUCUACCCUUCGAAGGUCCUCCACGUCAAGUACGAGGACUUUUGCCUCCACCCGGAGAACAAAACGUCGGAGAUCAUGUCCUUCCUCACGGGGAACCACACGAUCCCCCAAGAGCUUCGAGACUACCUGGCGGAGCACAUGAGUAAGCGCCGCGGGAACCGGAACAUGAGCACCUUCAAAGACAGCAGGAAGGAGUUCCAGGCGUGGCGAAGCAAGAUCCCCGAAGACCUGCUGAAGAAGGUGGAGAGCGAGCCGGCCUGCGCGAGCUCCGUCCUGAAGAUGGGCCACAGGCUCUUCAAGUCGGUGAGGGUGGCGAGAAACUUCAACAUCUCUCUGUUUAUGGGAUCGCAUUUAUAAUGUAUUCUUGCUGUUCGUCUUUAUGAUACAUGUACUCGCGUUUAAGUGGCUUUCUCGACGGCACGAACGCGGACAUGAAGUGAUCGGAGAGAUCCCAAACCUCGAAGAUGUACAAUGUGGUUUACAUAUUCAAUACAGCAUUUCAGAUAAUACCAUUCCAGUGGAGAUAUAUAGAAUUAUUUUUAUUAAAGGAUAAUUGGAAUCACUA